UAGUUUAUAAAAUUUUGAGAAUAGUUCAAAAUACAAAAAUAAUAUGUCGAAUAAAAGAAAAUUUUCAGAAUAUGAAAAUGAAGAUUUGCAACAAAAACGUAUUUUCAAUAAAAAGCAUACGCUUGAUUCAGAUGAAGAAGACAGCGAUGAUUAUGAAAAAGAUAAUGAUAGUGAAGUAGAAGGCGAGGAAGAGGGUGUAUCUAAUAUUCAGGAUGAGGUUAAAAUAACCCCUUUCAAUAUGCGAGAAGAAUUACAGGAAGGACACUUCGAUACGGAAGGGCAUUACCAUUGGAACAAAGAUGCUGAAAUUAAAGAUAACUGGUUAGAUAAUAUUGACUGGGUAAAGGUAAAAACUGAUAAGAACUACUUUGAACCAGACAAGAAACAAGAUUCUAAUGAUUCUAUCGAUAAGCAAGAUAUAUUUAAUGAAGCUCUAGCGUAUGCACAAAUUAUAAAUUAUAUGAAUCCCAAUGAAACUGUGGAGCAAGCUCUAAAGCGUUUGGACAAAGGAAGAUUAAAGCUGUCAUCUGUAGAACGUUUGCGUAGAAAAAAAUUAGGAAUUGUUGAUGAGGCAGCAGAAAAAAUAACCAGAUUUACGCAAUUAACUAAUGAAAUACUAACACGAACUGGAAAUAUGGAUAUUUACCAAGAAACUUAUGCAGAAAUAAAAAACAAACUAAAUAACUAUCCAAGCACAAGUAAAGGUAUACAAUCGGCUGAUGCGUCUUCAGACAAUUCGUUUGAUAUGUACGCAGAUAAUUUUGCAGAAAAAGAAAAACAGCAUAUUGAUUCAAAUAAAGAAAAAACAAAUGAAACAAAAGAACUACGUUGGGAAUACAAAUUGAAGCAGGAUGAUGAUGAAGUACAUGGUCCCUUUACAACAGAACAAAUGCUCACGUGGUCAAACGGAAAAUUUUCCAAGGAUGGUGUUUAUGUGCGUAAAAUAGGUGAAUCGUCAGCCUUUUAUUCCAGUAAAAGAGUAGAUUUUGAUUUAUAUUUGUAGUUACAUUGUAGUUUAUGCAAUUAUAAUUGAAUAAUUUUUUUUUUGUUAUAAAGAACCCAAUAAUAUAAUAAU